GUUCGCCGUCAUGGGAUAAACAGCAGGAACUUCCGCAGUAAACUUAACGAAACAACAAACCGAGCUGGACAUUAGAAAGCGGUUUGAGGGAGAUCUUCUGAAAUGGGUCCCGGUGUGCUUCUCGUUUUAGCGGCUUCGUUCUGUGUCGUAUGGACACAGUUUGUGCCUCCGUACACAGAAGACUGUCGGACGGACAUGUAUCCACCGAAAGGCCCCACGUUCAAAGGAGCCGUGAGCUGGUACACAGUGGACCUCGACUUACCGCCCAGCAAGAGAUGGUCGGCUGUGAUUACUGACAAAAAAACAGAUCUGGUCAACAUGAUAGAAGCCAUCAAAGAGCUAGCUGACGCUUUAGUGCCGAGCGGAAAGCUGAUAGAGAUGGUCGACAUUGCACUGCCUUUAAUGGUGGACACACUUCCAAGCCCGUUCAAUGAAGAAAUCAGAGGAAUCGCAGCCGCUUCAGGGGUUCCUCUUGGUGAAGUCGUCUUGUUUAACAUCUUCUACGAGGUGUUCACCGUGUGCACGUCGAUUGUUGCAGAAGACGAAAAGGGUAACCUCAUUCAUGGCAGAAACUUAGACUUUGGUCUAUUUAUGGGCUGGGACGUGAAGAACAAGUCGUGGAUCAUUAGCGAGAGGCUGAAGCCUCUCGUGGUCAACCUCGACUUCAAGAGAAACAACCAGACAGUCUUCAAGUCGACAAACUUUGCCGGUUAUGUUGGCAUGCUCACCGGCAUCAAGCCUAACAUCUUCACCCUGACUAUGAACGAGCGCUUCAGCCUCGACGGAGGAUACAUUGGAAUCCUGGAGUGGAUCUUGGGACAAAGAGAUGGGAUGUGGAUGAGCUUUCUCACUCGAUCAGUCCUAGAAAAUGCAACCAGCUACGAGGAAGCUAAAAGUCGUCUGGCUCAGACCAAGCUGCUCGCUCCAGCCUAUUUCAUCCUUGGAGGAAACAGCACAGGACAGGGCUGCAUCAUCACCAGGUCUAGGCUGCUCAGCAUUGAUAUCUUGGAGAUUGAUCUGAAGCUGGGCCGGUGGUACGUCCUGGAGACAAACUACGACCACUGGAAGGACCCUUUCUUCCUGGAUGACCGCAGGACUCCGGGCAUGAAGUGCAUGAAUCAGACCACACAGGCUAACAUCUCAGUGAAGACAAUGUAUGAUGUGCUGUCAACCAAACCAGUGCUGAAUAAGUUGACCACAUACACGACACUGAUGCAGGUCUCUGAAGGCAAGCUGGAGUCCUACAUCAGGGACUGCCCAAACCCAUGCAUGCCGUGGUGAUUCUCUAGACACUGAAUCCUGAUCAGUUUGGAAGUGCUUCCUGGCACAGAGACACUCAACUGAUCCUUUGGAUAAAACUCUAAGCUUUUUUACAGCAACCAGUCACCUGAUCCAGUUUCAUGUCACUCCAGCAUUUGUUUUGCAAGCAGUUUAGUAAUACUUUCAACUCUGAGAAUCCCAAAUCCUUUUUUUUCCUCUUCUAAUAUAAAAGAAACGUGCCUGAUUUUGUUUUUCCACUGUAAUUAUUUGUAUUUUAGGACAAGUCUAUAAGUUAAGGGCUUAGGAAACGUGUGUCUGUGUGUGUGUCUGUGUGUGUGUCUGUGUGUGUGUCUGUCAAUUCCAGCUCACUCUUGUCAAAUACGUCAAUAACAGUUAAGUUAGAGGAACUUAAUGAUCUGCCACCACAUGACUGACAUGUUACACAAUGACAAUGACAAAUGUGCAUCGGUACUGAACUACUUCCUUUUUCACUGUUUUAAAUUAUGACUAUUAAAAGAAUUCUAAUAAUGAA